AUGUACUCCUCACGACGUAAUCGCCAAGUUAAUGAUUUACACAAUAAUCAUACGACUACGAGAAUGACAACAUCGGCAUUAUCGUCGCGCCCUUCAAGUCAUUCUAAUCGUCGUACAACACGAUCAAGAAUGAGUUUGAACGGAACACUUCCAUUCCGUUCGCCUAGUACUAAUCAGGUUGAAAAUCGCGAUCGUGAAAUUGAACGACUUCAUCGUGUCCUUGAUGGUGGUCGUUCAUCUGAUGCCCUUUCUUUUGAAGCAAGAUUAAGAAGUAACGAGAAGAUCAUUUCGAAUCAAAAUGCACAAAUUGAUUUUCUCCAUGAGACAAAUCGAGCACUAGAACGACGUGUUCAAGAAUUAUCCGAACUUAAACGUAAUCUAUCAGAUAAACAAUUUGAAGAACGUAUUAGAAACAAUGAUCUUCUUCGAGAUAUUAAAGAUUUUGACCGUCUUGCACGAAAAGUUCAAGCAGAUAAAGAUUAUACUGUUGAAGUAGCUGAUCGAGAAUUAACUGAAGCUAAAAUUGAAAUUCAACAAAAUCUUCGAGAAAUGCAAUCACUCGAUGCUAAAGUUGCCAGUCUAACUACCGAGAAAAAAGAUUUAAUCGAUGAACUUGAAAUAUUGAAGAACAAAUUUGUUGAACGUGAAAAUGAAGGUAUUCGGCUAAAAGAACUUCUUGAACAUAUACAGUCUGAUAAAACAAAAUUAAGUCGACGAGUUUCAAAACUUGUUCUUAAUGAAAAAGAUCUUUUACAAGAAUUACAAAAAUGUCGUCGUACAACAAAAGCUCCAACACCAACAGCAUCUGGUGCUCCAUCAACGAAAAAACUUUCUCUUCCAGCUCGACUUGAUAUUCAUUUGAAGAAUGUUGAAGAUGAACGUGAUAUGUAUAAAAAUGAAACAGAAAUUUUAGGAAAAUUACUUAAUGAACGCUUAAAUGGUAAAUCAGCAUCAUCAUCGCCAUCCACUACACGUUCACGUGGUCGCUCAUUAUCACCAACACCUGGCAUGCGUUCCGCAGCACGCCGUGAUAUUGCAACAUCACCUGUUAUACAACCCAGCAAACGAUCAACUAGUAGUUCUAGUACGUCACCGACACGUUGUACUGUUUGUGGAAGUAAUCGAAAUCGAUCAUCACCAACAAAAGAUUUCAAUUCGUAUGACACUCAAUUAAAAAAUCUUGAAGAUGAACGUGACCGUUUACGAAGAGAACUAAAUAAAUAUAAACGAUCAUCAAGAGAUAAAGACAUGGAUGAAACUCAAUUGGGUAAAGUAAUGCGUGAGAAAGAAGAUUUACAACUAUUACUGAAUAAAUUUGAACGUCGUAUGGCAGAGAUUCAGGGUAAUAUAAAAGUACUUACCAAUGAACGAGAUAAUUUAAAUGUUCUCUAUGAACAAACCAAAGAGGAAUUACAGAAGACUCGUCACGAUUUACUUCAAAAUGUUCAAACACCAAAAGUUUCUCUUGCUGCUCAAUCAAUUUUACGUAAAGUUGAAAAUGAACGUGAUACCGCCAUCAUUGAAGCGCGUACAGCAACCAACGAACGGGAUUCAUUACGAGAACGUUUACGCAUUGGAACAGAUACUAACUUAAAUGAACGGGCACGAUUUGAACAAUGUAUUGAAGAUCUUCAAGUUGAAAUACGAAAACUUGAUAAUGAUCGUGAAGAAAUUCUGCAACAAAAUCAUUUAUUACGUGAACAAAUAAAAGCUUUUGAAAGUAAAUUCGAUGAACAAUCAUUUACAAUUUCACAAUUAAAUCAAGAAUUGAAUGAUCAAAAGACAACUUCAUCACAACUAAGAUACUUAUCUGAAGAAGCUGAACGUCUCGUACAAGAAAAUCAACGACAAUUGAAUUUGAAAAAAGAAGAACUUCGAGCACAAGACGAUAAAAUCUUAAGACUUGAAAAGAAACUUUAUGAUAUGCAAGAAACAAAUAAAGAUAUAAAAGACGAUUUUCAUACUGUUCGUACAACAGUUCAAACGCUUGAUAAAGAAAAAGAUCGUUUAUGUAGUGAACUUGAUCUGAAAGCAGAAGAAAAUUUACAUUUAAUACAAGAAAUUAAUUCAAAAACACGUCGUAUUGAAGAACUUAAUAUGAUGGUUGCAGAAUUAGAAGCAGCAUUAGAUCGUUCAAAAGAUGAUACGAAACAAAAAUUAAAAGAAAUAUCAAGUAUGAGAAUGCAACUUGAUCGAAAUCUUGAAGAAUUAAAUGAAUAUCGACGUAAACUUGAUCUUAGUGCACGAGAUAAUAAACGCUUACAAGAUGAUCUCUUAACUGUUACACGUGAAAAUCAAGCACUUCAUCAAGAACUUGAACAUGUUAUUGAUGAUAAAGAAAAUCUCAAAUCACAAGUACAAGAAUAUAUUAAAGAAAUAUCAAAAUGUGAAAAUGUGAUCUCGCAAAAGGAAAAUGAUCGAACAACUUUAUUUGAACAAUAUCGUGAAGCAACAAAUGAAUUAAGUCGUGCAAAAUUAACUUUAGCCGAUAUGGAUUCUCAAGCAGCUAAUCUUAAACAGGAAUUAUUAAUAAAAUCAGCUGAUAUGAAACGAUUAGCAGAACGUACUGAAUACCUUGAACGAGAACUUCAACAACAUUUAUCUGUUGGUCAAGAAUAUGAACUUCAACUAUCAAAUAUGAAUCGUUCAUUGCAACGUAAUGAAGAAACUAUAAAAAAACUACAAAUCGAUAAACAAAAUUAUGCUAGUGAAAUAACAAAUGUUCGUGAUCUUAAUUCAACAGUUGAAACAAAAAAAGAACAAAUUAUUCGACAAUUAACUUCAAAGGAAAUUGAAAAUGAACAAUUGCAUGCUGCUAUAAGUGAUAUGAAAAUCGAAAUUGAUAUGUUACGUACACAAAUACUUAAUGAAAAAGCCAUGGUACAUAAUUUAGAAGAUAUUAUUGGCUCAUCAAGAGAAAAAGAAUUUCAAUCGCAAAUGCAUGCACAAGAAAAAGAUUCAGAAUUACAAUCAAUAAAAGAUCGAGCAAAUAUGAAUGAUCUCAAAGUGCAAAGUCAAAGUAAAGAAAUAGCUGCAUUAAGAGCACAAAUUAUUGGCUUAGAAACAGAUAACGAUCGAUUUAAACGACAAUUAACAAGUGAAAGAUUUGAACGUGAAAAAGCAGCUCAGGAUUUACGGAAGUUAACUGAUCUUACAUCGCACAUUGACUAUGAUGCACGAUAUCGUAGUACAUCAGCCGGCAUAACAGCAAACCCUCAUCGAUCACCCACUCGAAAUUAUUCUCCAUCACGUUCUGAAAUGGCACAAACAUCACCUACUAAAGGCACUGAUCGAUCAUGUAGUUUAUGCGUUGAUACAACACCGUGA